GUGCAUUCUUUUUGAAAUCGUGCUGAGUUAAGUGAAAGCUUUUAAUAAAGUUUAGUCGUGAUGCUUCAAAUCUCUAUCUAUCCAAUGAAGACAACGCUCCGAUCCUCGAAUAGAGAGCGCGCGAGUAUCAGCUGACUCUCACGGUAGAAUUGUGACGAAAUGUUUACGAACUAACCAGAAUGGCUGCGAAGUGCAGACUUAACUAAGUUCAAAUUUCACAGGACUUCUUCUUUGAUCUGUUACGUUCUAGAGACUUUGGUUAGAGGUUUCGAGCUACCAGAAGAGACUGUUUUUGAGAAGAAUUCGCUGCAGCAAAAGCUCAUAUCGGGAAAGAAGAUCUAUGUAAGUGAGAAGGUAUAGCGGAGUAGAAGAGGCAUGAGGUAUCUUCUAGAAACUCGGAAGGCUGUGUAUGGAUGACAGAUUUCAAAAUUAUCGAAUGGAGUAGCGCAAGGAAGAGAAUACUGCUUGGUGGAGCUGUGUAAUGUAGCGGAUAUGUUAUUACACCGUCUGUUUAGUCAAAUGCUGCCAAAUUUUGGCCAUAAUCAUAAGACUCUUGGAGUAGAGAAGAAAUUGUUGAUAAUAGAGAGAGGUUAGGUUAGGCUAGACAGAUUGAACCCUUGAGAAGACCCUCAUAGACGAUAUAUGUAGAUAUAUAUAUGUCAUCGGCGCUUUGUAAGCACUGAAGCGAAUUUCGGAUGAGCUCCUACACCAAAUUGUGGUAUGUGUUUUGAUAUUUUCCAAAAAAUGGAGGAACCUACACUUUAUACAAAGCCGCCUCCGAACGGCUGAUGGUUUUUUUUUAAUGAGAAGCCUUUAUUUCAUGUCCUAAGUACACUUCGAGGUGCUGAACGGAAUUUCCGAUAAUUUUUUUUUCUGGAGAUGGUCAGACGAGAACUCGAACGUUGGCCUUCCGAACGGCUGUAUACUAACCACUGGGCCAUCGCGGUCGCCAUAUACGAUGUACAGUCCGUACAUGGUGUUACCAGAAUAACUACAUACGACCAAUGCAAAAUUAUUAGAUGCAUUCUCUUCACUUCUUGCUUCUUUUGUCGUUGAACUCACAGUGUGUGCCUAACCAAUGGGGGCGAGACAUUUCAUUGUAGCGUGCAAUGACAAUAGAGAGCGAUUUUCUCUCAGUUUCUUCGAUCAUCCACAAGCAGAUGUUUGGGCAGUUGGGCGCAACAGAUACAAAUGCAUAUCUGUUGGAUACAGUAGUGCUGUUGGCGCCGGCUAGUGGAAUUGCGGAAAAAGUGGCAGAAAAACUCUUGUGAUUGUGCGAAUAUUUACUAUACUACCAUAUUUAUAUACAUACCUACAUACAUUUGUAUGUAAACAAGUUAAUAUAAACAGCACAACUCAGUAUAAUAAAGCCAUUGACCUAAAAAACCAGUGUUAAAAUUCAAAACAAAACAGAAAGCCGUAUAAAGCUUUAAACUAACAACUAACCGAGGGCAAUAACACGUCUGCGACACAACAAACACGACGACGGUGACAACAACGACGACGACGUCGGCAUUGAGCGCACGUUCUUAACGUCGAAGAUAAAUACAUAAUAAUGAGCAAGCAAACGCCGGACGAUAUUUGUGAAUUGUUUAUGAUUAUGAUUAUUGCCUGAAUGUCUGAGAGAGAGAAUUUAUAGACGUCGUCGACGCGGGCAAUAGAGAGGUGGUGCGCCCAAAGGCUUAUCAGUAAAGUGUUUCAAUGAAUGAGAUUACGGAAAAGUUGCCAAUUUUUGUUUUCGAGACGUGACGAUAAAAGUUCCAGAUAGACACGUUUAACAACGAAUAAACAGGUUCUAAUUAGCGACAGACAACAAUUGGAUAUGCAGAUAGUUUUCAAACGCCAAAGCGGGUGGCUGGUGUUGCAUGUGGCGAGCUUUAACAGUUGGAUGGGAGUUAAGAACGUUCAUUGAUAAGUUAAAAAAUAAAAUAUUAAAUAAAAAUGGUGAAAGUUAAUAAGAGACUUUUGCCGAUAAAGGCGCAUUACUUCUUUUUUAUGGCUGCUAUGGGUCCCAUACUGCCGCAGCUUUCGGUUUAUGGCAAACAAUUGGGCAUCUCACCAGACAUUAUGGGCUAUAUAACAUCGGUGCUGCCGAUUAUGUAUGUGCUGGCGAAGCCCGUUGUGGGCUAUGUGGCUGAUUAUUUUUUGCAUUUUCGAAAAUUUAUUUUCGCUCUAAUAAUCAUGCUCAUGACACUCUCUUAUGCCGCCUUCUAUUUUUUGCCGCCCGCCGCACCGCAUGCCAUUGAUCUGGAAGUGAAUGAUGCUUUUAAUGUUACUUUCGACGUUUCCAAUUUACCCAAUUGCUCUUCAGAGAUACUAACAUCGGCUACACUCUGCUCUGCGUCACGGGCAGCACAUUGCACCUUGGACGCCACGGAGAAUUCCGAUUUUAUUGCAUACUUUUUGGCAACCACAACAGCAACGGCACAACAACUGAACCUGAGCGGUAAUGUUUUGUCGCCCGAUGACUACUAUAUGUGCCUCACUUCAACCGUAACCAACAUCACUAGCGACCUGACAGCUGCAGCAGCAGCCACUGGCAAUGCCUCAUGCCACUUCGCGUCGGACUUGCAAACUGAUUGUAUUUACUCCACCCCCACUUUUUGGCUGUUUGUAGCCUUCAUGUGUCUCGGUACAAUUGGUUUUAAUGUUGUGAACUCAAUUUCGGAUGCAAUCUGCUUCGAUAUGCUGGGCGAGUCGGAAGAGGGUAAAUAUGGCGCACAACGUGUUUGGGGCACUAUUGGUUUUGGUGCGACAGCUCUACUUGCGGGCAUUGCGGUGAAUCUUUGGACUGAGGAGGCGCUAAAAAGUUUCACACCAGCACUAAUAGUUAUGCUGAUCUUUAGUGGCUUCGAUCUGCUGAGUGUGUCAAAGCUCAAACUACCGAAACUCUCAUCGUCCGAGUCGAUAUUCAAGGAUGUCUGGAAGUUGAUUAGUCAUCCUGCGAUUGUGGUAUUCUUGGUGUUUGCAACGAUUGCCGGUAUAAUCGAUUCAUUCAUAAUUUACUUUAUGUUCUGGCAUCUCGAAGAGGUUGCUGCUGAGACGGGUUUUAUGUCGCAGAUUAAGUUAAUUGAAGGCUGUGUUGUUGCCGCCGAAUGCUUAGCUGGUGAAGUGCCAUUCUUCUUCUACAGUGGGAAAAUCAUCAAAAAACUCGGCUACGUACACUGCAUGACAAUGUGUUUCUUCUUCUAUGCGCUGCGACUCGCGCUCAUCGCAUGGAUACCAAACCCCUGGUAUUUGGUUGGUGUCGAAUUGUUUUUCCAAGGCAGUACCUAUGCGCUAUGCUACACUUGUAUUGUCGCCUACGCCUCGGCGGUGGCACCGCCUGGCACUUCGGCAACGGUGCAGGGUCUAAUGGCCGGCAUGGACGAUGGACUCGGCUUCUCGAUUGGUUCGCUGGUGGGCGGUUUGGUCUUUAAACACCUUGGCGGUCGACGCAGCUUCUUCUAUUUUGCAAUAUUCGCUUUUACGGCGUGUGUGCUACACAUGUUGGUGCGUCCGCGUUCACGUAAGCGCCAAUAUUUGCCGAAGAGUGGCUACCAAGUGCCUAAUGAACAGGUCACGAUCGAUGCUGUGGCGGUGGAUGAGCAAAUUAAAGCCUGAUUAUGAUAAAGACUGUAUGUAAUUACUUAGUAAAUGCGCCAUAUGUGUGUCGUUGAUAACGAUUGAUAUUUGAUUUAACUUCAUUUAAAUACAUACAUAUACUCGUAUGUAUAUGUAGGUAUUAUGGGUAUAUGUUUUAUGUACGUAAAUAGUGAACUUUAUGUGUAAAGUUAUUAAGUAUUUUUAGUAUUUUUGUGACAACUGUACUUGUGUACGCCGGUGAGGAGUAUCUUUGUAUAAGGUUAUAAUAUAUAUACAUAUAUAUAUAUGAUUGUUUAUUUGUUAUUGUGAGAUUAAGCGCAUUCUUUAAUUGGAGUAAAGAGAUUUUUAGCAA